AUGGAACAAGCUAAGUCUAUAUGUGGCAAGACGCUGCGCCUGCUCCUUCAGACCGACAUCUCCAUCCAUCACGACGGCAAAAUUAGUGUCAGCGGUGUCGACUGGACACGGAUUGGAGUGGAGCGACAGCCUACUGUUGUUGGCAUGUUCGACGACAUGUGCCAUUUGCCUCGCAAGCUUCAGCCGCUGGAAUACGUCCCGGCCCCAAAGACGUUCAUGACCGAGUACACAACGCAGUAUCCUGUGACAGAGUUCAAAUGUGCGCCUGACCGAAAUCUAGCAAGACCUGGCCUGAAUAUCAUCGCCAUGGCCUGCAGCAAGAUUAUUCUCAGCAACGGGAACCAUGAAGUGGUCAAGAUUGCCACUAUCGACGUCCUCACUUGCCGGGUCCUAAUGAGCCACUUGGUCUGUACUGAUCCCAAUGCAGAGGUCAGGGACUGGUGCUUCCCCGCCACGGGUUUGGCUAGCUUCCAGGACAUGGAAGAUGCUCGCCAGGGUGGCUACAAAGUUCUUAAAGGUUGGGCUGCGGCCCGCUCGGCGCUCUUCAGAUUGAUCGACAAGGACACCAUUAUCGUUGGCCACAACCUACGCUCUGAGCUAGACGCGUUACGUAUCAUUCAUGGUCGAGCUGUUGACAUCACCAAGGUGAUCGAGAAGGCAGCGCAAGGACCGCUGUCCAAGAUCCAGGUUAGCCUCGACAGCUGGUGCCGGGAUGUUGCGAAUGUUGCGCAGCUGAAGACGGACCCGGUCUUCGGACGUGACUGCGUUAUGGGCGCAUUUGCAGCGCGCGAGAUUGGACUGUGGGCGAUUAAGAACCGAGCACAGUUCGAACAGGUGGCCAAGCAGAAGACGAAGGAAUACCAGCUGAUAAACCCGGUCAAGGUUUGA